AUGAGAAAGGAGAGAGAACGCCGGACGGAACAGCAGCCAGGAACUGGGCCUCCGGAAGGAAUCAAGGACACUGUGCGGUUGGCAGGAGAGAGGAAGUGCAGGGGCCACCAUACACCGGUGUGGAGCCCGGGCACGAGCUUGACCGACCAAGAAGGAAGGAAGUGGACCCCGCCGACUGUUCAAAUUUCACCUCGUUUUCCAUUUGAACCAUCCACGGAUCUUCACUACCACCCUUUCCCGCCGCACUGUGCUCCGUUGACGCGCGACGUUUCCAGGACGACAGAUCACCAUGAAUCCUCCUUAUCCGGGUCCUUGCCCGUUUCCGCACUGUGCUACGUUCAAAGAGGCGUGGAGGGCUGGAUGAUGCCAACGCCGUCACUUCCUGCCACAAGUAAAAGGCAUCCGCAAGUCUUCGUCCUUGCUGGCCACCCUGCUGCCCUGGGAGUCGAGCGCAAGAAUGCGCCAGGAACAGGUCAGGUUCAGGCACAUCGUCUCGACGCAUCCCAUCCCAUCCCAACCCGACUUCCUGGCCGCAACUCCAAUUUUGCCCGCACUUGUUCUUCGUCUGAAGACGAAGAAGGCGGCCCUGCGUUCACCACCGCCUUGAUGUAUCCCUCCACGCCUGCCGACGGCUCGUCGACUAUCCGUUUCCGACCGGGUCUUCGCCGCCGGAAUGCAGUCGCUCAUGACAACGGCGCCGUGAGCGUGAUCCCCUCUGGCCUUCUUGAUGCGCCGCGCCGUGUCCGCGAGAAUCAGCCGUCGCCGAAGCCUGGGACACUUCUACGCCUGACCAUCUUCUUUCAUGACAAAGGCGAGAGAUUCGGUAGCAUCAACGCCAUGCGUUCAUUCGAUUGGGCAAGAUCACUAUGCUUCUUUGGGAUGGCGCCAUCUUACACCCUCGUGGCGUGGAUGGGUGACGGUGCGGGGCGUUCCAUCGGGACGAUAUCAGAUGUUCUCAUGAGAUUCCAUUGCGACGAUGGGCUCGGAACGAGACAUGCGGUAGUCUACCUUACCUCCGACUCUGCUGCGUGCCGCGAUCAAGGCGCCCGACGGCAACGCCCUAGCAGGAAAAUCCAGUCAGGCACCUCAAUGAUCGUCAGGGGUUUAGCUGCCCGUCGCCUUCAGCCUCCCGCCACCGCAAGUCUUGUUGAUCUGCGAGAUAUCGAUACAAAGUACAAACCAGAAUUCCCCUCCGCGCAACGACAUGUUCUCUUUUCUCCUGGCCCGCCACACUUGCAGCUUCCAGGGACCAGCACCGAGACCGCUGUAAAAGAAGCCCAAAGAGGUUACCCGGGAACGGCGGAUGCCGGGAAGAAGCCACCUCAGGCCUUCAGUAGUACCUACUGUGCAAGCCCACCACACCACACCUCCCUCCUCCACCGCGACCGUUCCAGCAACGCAUCCUGGCACAAACGCGGAGCGCAAACAGGCACGCCUGACGCCGCACUGCCAACGGGGAACCGGCUGGCCGGAACCCGUGCCGCGGCGCGAGGCGUGGAGGCGCGCUCCAUUUUAGCUGUUCCUAACGGACAGAUUUUUUGGAACCAAUAUCGUCUUUGCCACAUCCUCGUCCUUGACGUGCGCCGGAAAUUCCCUACGAGCGUCUACUCCAUGGCCAUCAUCGUUGACGGUUCGCUACAACGGGCAACGCCUUACCAACAUCAGAUGAAAGCCUGGGUAAAUCAACGACAGGUUCCCAACUCGGCCGUUCCGGUCAUGUAUUUUGCUCUGGCUUGGCAGGCCUUGCCCUAUGCCGAAGCUUCAAAUGAAGGGCACCGAAAGCCCGGGUUGGACUGGGUCCUGGGCUCCUGGCGACAUCUUCUCCUCCCGGCUUCCUUUCGUUGGCCUGGACCACUUCUGAUUCUGGAUCCUCUUCCGGCGUCCGCUCUUGGAUUCGAAGGGCCCAUAUAUCACAAGAGAGGGACUAUUGCAGGUGGUAAAUGGAGUGCCGGACUGGGGUGCAUGUUAGCCCCGUCGCGUGGCGGCCGGAGACGGAGCUGGAUCAUGGAGGAGAACUCUGAGCUUGAAGUUAUUCCCAAGGCGCAUAUCCGUGGUAGACACGUCAAUGCGUUGGGGGAAAAUGGCUUUGCUUAUCUGUCAUGCACCUGCGCCGACUUCGCGAAGCCUUGCGGCAUCAGAGGCGAAAUCGUCAAUAUGAACCGGCUGUCUCGAAGCGCAAGAGUUUUUCUGUCCGCCAUUUCGUGUACCCACUCCGACAUUUCGUCGUUCGAGACCGACAAGGUGAGAGACGCGCCUACAAGGACUCACCGCAUCGUUGGUGCUUGA